GCGGGGAGGGUGACCUUGCCCCGAGCGAGCCUGCUAGGCGCCGCUGGUCCACGGGGCGGAGCAGGUCGCCAGCUUGGUGGUCCCGUCGGAAUAUAUUGGAUUUGUUAUUACGUCAGGCGGCGGUGAAGCAACUCCGCCUUUUACUUUUAUCGUUAUUGUUGUUGUUGGCGGUUGUGGAGGAGGGCGGUGGCACAGAAAGCAAGACUGAUGUAAAUGUUUGGUGUGGAGUUGUCCUCCCCAAUCCUGAUCGCAGGUGAAUGACCUCCCAGAUCUGUGGGACUGGAUUAUCAAAAAGACCCCAGGCACCUCCCCCUCCUCCCGUCACUCUUGGGCGGCCAGCGCUCCCACAACCGGUAUGAAGGUUGCAUUAGAGCAGCUCGGCAACGCUCAGGCAGACUGUCCACAUAUUCACGAUGGUGAGGCAAUGUGUCAAAGGAAUGCCUCGUGGGAAAGCCGAGGCGUAAGUUGCAUCUAGGGUUUCGUUGGUGCCGGACGCCUCCACAACACCACUGCUGUGCCCUCGGAGCUCACCGUGCCUCUCCUGUAGAGCAUUCCGGGAAGUGAUAGGAUCUCUCCUGGCCGACACACCAUCAACCAGUUUCCAUUACAGCUCAUUAGGUACCGAGAAGAUUGACUUGAGAACAGUGAAAGUGACUAUCUGUGUGUCCAGUGACCAGUGACCAGCGCUCCGCCCGCCGACGACACACCGCCCCUAGAAUAGCAUCAGGAAGCCGCUUGGAUUUAUCAGGGCGUGGCGAGAGUGUGAGUGUGUCUCCGAGGAACGUGUUAGCAUGUAUUACUGCCGAGGGUGCCUGCAGGCAGCCUGAGCCCAGCCACGCCGCGAGAUGAGGCGGCCAAAGACACUCAUCCAUCCCCCUCUCCUCCUCCCCAUCUUCCUUCUCCUGGUCUCGUCGCAUGUCAGCGGGUUAGAAGCGACUCGAGAAGGAGAGUCUUCGUUCGUCGUGUUCUCCAGCUUCCCUACAUUCUCUCCGGAAGGCGACGGCACACAAGGCAGCACGUCCCACGCGGUUCCAGCAGCUGCCAAAAAAGAAUCAGGUCAUGAUGGCAGCAGCGCCUCGCUCCACGGUGUUCCUCUCUCGAUCAGCGAGGUCGAGGGGCUUGGCAAUGACAGGGACAUCACCACCAGUCAAAAUGACACUCCAAACACUGGGAUCUUUCUGUUUACUACACUCAUGAAGGAUAAACAACAUCAGACAACUUCAGAUGCUGAGGAUUCCGCAACUACAGUAGCUGCUAACGACUCUACUACCAUUUCCAAUAUGACUGUGAUCCUCACCGAACCAACUGCAACACCUGUCAUCAUACAGGCUGAAAGUGCUCCGCUCACUCAUUCCUCACCCAUCGUAGCAGAAUCACCGGAAGGUCCACGAGAAAAGGAGUCUAAUGUAGACAAAGUACAUGAUCGCAGCAGUCAAAGUCAGCCUGAUGAACCUGCACAGCCUGAGCUCCCAAUAUCCGGUGGUUCGCUUGCUACUAGAUUACAAGGAUUGAGGCCAAACCCCAGACACACCACUAGGGCGGUCCAGGAAAGAGAAGAGAAGGAAGAGAAUUUCUCACAGCAGAUGACUCUGGCGGAGAGGCUGAAGGCCUUGCAAGCUAGACGCGCCCAGAGGUUCGGUUCUCUGGCUAGACGAGAUCGCGGGCCGCUAAGACGCAGGAAUCUCACACCCAAGAACACGGAGGACGCUGUACAACGACGUCUUGGCGAACUCGCUGCUGCUCGUGCAUCAGAAGGUGAGACAAGACAAGAAGCAUUUCCUGUUUCAAUUGAACCCAAAGAUACCUUCAUAAGCCCACUUCCUGAAAAGGGCAACGAAGGGGAACAUAGAGCAACAGAAACGCAUGACCUGGUCGGUGAAGAGACGACUCUGAGCCACACAACUCCUGAACAAGUCAAAUCGACUGUCUCUCCAGCCACCUCGACACCUUCACCUUCUAAUAUCAAAAAGCCUGAGCGUAAAUCAUACGCCCAGCGACUUCGAGAACGCCUCCAGAAGAGGCGAGAAAGAAAUCGCAAUGCCACCAUUGAAAGAUUGCGUAAUUCACGUCCAAACAGCACGGCAAGGCCACAAACACCUCCAAGACCCGAGCCAGAAGAUAACACUCAGAGCGGUUCCCCCUCUAGAAAUAAUAAUCCUCGUCUGAAUGCGAGUCAGCGGCGGAGACAGGAGCUCCUUAAACGGUUAAAACACCGCAGUUCUACCCCACGACCUGCUGGGCCUUUGUCCCUAAGAGAGAAAAUUAAUCAAUUGCGGAACAGAAACAGGUUCAUUCCUACCAGCAUACCUAAACAAACAACUACUACGACCACUUCACGCACCACAGGCACUCCGACCACAACACCCAUCACCACGCCACAACCACCAACGACCAUUAGGACGACACCCGCGCUUGUUUUCACCACAUGGCCAGUAACACAAGAGUCAGCCACAACGACGCCAGUCACAACACACACCACGCCACAACCAGUCACGACCAUCAGGACAACGCCCUCGCUCGCUUUCACCACCUGGCCAGCGACGCAAGAGUCUGAUGACGACAAUUUCCUCGUUACAGUCCCGUCAACUACCGAAGCAGAUGAAGAUUCCAGAAGAUCUCAGAUCAGGCAGAUGAUCGAUGCCAUGUUGAGCUCCAAGGGUCUCUCUGGGACCACAACCACAGAGCAGGUCCUUUCUUUCUUAGAAGAGGCAACCUCAAAACCGAUCUUCAUGGAAGCUACGAAGUCUCCCAGCAUUACCCCGACAGAACACAGCAGUCGCUUGAGGCCCACAUUCUCCUUUGCGGCGUCUGAUGGUAAAGGCCGCCCAUCCACUACCCGCGCUCGAGAUCGCCCAAGCCUGUUCCAACACUUCCCUUCCCUAGCAGACAAACUAGCGGGAUCUCACUCACCCAAGAAGUCAAAAUUCCAUCCAACACCUCCAGCAGCACGCGACACACCACCAACUUCUACACAUGAAGACAAGUCAUCAGCCAACAACCGACGCAUAAUCAGCCUCUCCGAGCUCUUGGCUGGUGGCAAUAAUGUGCGUGCAGCUGCUGACUUGCCUCAUCGCAUUGAUGAAGAAACAAAUACUGAUAGCACAACGAUAACUUCGGAAGUGGAAACAACAUCCUUGUCUGCAGACAUGACUACCGUGAGUAUGGAAAUGGAUAUUUUACCAACAACACAACCAUCUAUGGAAAAAAUUACUACAGAGGAUCAACGUGUCAAAGAUCUCAUCUCCAAGUUAUUGGCUCAAGGCGUGAUAACAAUGCCUGCCCCUGUUGACUCAGACACCGUGACGUCAGGUAUGGAGGAUGACCAGUCCACAACAGCAGUCCCUGACACCUCCUUUGUCUUGGAGGACACUCAGGCACCUCCUAGGGAAUCGACCAAGAACUUUGUGCUGGACCCCCACAUAUCCACUGAAGCUGACAAGUCCCAAACACACUCAAGCUUCAUGCCUCCUCUUCACUCUGAAGAACCACAGCUUACCCGUGGCGCACCCCAGAGGAGGCCUUCCAUCAUAUCCACAUUUUCUUCCACUGACAGUCCUUUAGUGUCCUCAGUCGGGGUGACGGACACCACUGUCAAGUUAAGUACGGACGUCACAGAGAUCACAGAGAUCCCACCGAUCACCACUACAUCUGAUACUCUACUUCAGACCUCGCCGCCUCACAUUCAGGAAGAAUCCACACUUCCCGACACAAGAGAUUUGGGUGAAAAUGAGAUAGACGUCGUCAAUUCGAAGGACAAUCUACAAUCACUGAUGAGGGGCUUUGUCCUCCCAUCGAUUCGUCCCGAACUGGCAGCAGUAAAUCACGUCCUCGGCUUCUCUUUGACAACAGAUGAUGUGGUCGACCUUGUUGAAGUAAACAUCGAGAAGCCUCAAGUGUCAGAGGAUGAGGACACGCUCUACGACGACAUGGAGACAGCAGCGACGGAGCAAGUUAUGAUUACCACAAGUUUUUUCCAAAAUGAAGACCUAACUCCAACCCCACUCAAUCUGGACGUAACAUCCCUCUCGGUAUCUGAAUCUUCCCCACAGAUUCACAGCACUACCGAGGCCACGGGCUUGUCUAGGGAGGCUGCUACAGUUCCAACAGCUACUGGAACACAGCCACCUGGUGAUGAGAUGACAAUGUUUACAGAAGAGUCAAGUCCUUCUGUUGAUUUGGAACUUGGCACAACAGAGCUAAUACCGACCACCACAACAUCUCAUCAGAUUAUCACAGAGUCGUCAGCGAUACACACAUCAUCAACGCCAGAUGCUAUGGUUACCCUAACCAAUGAAGAAUCCUCUACAGUCAAGGAGUCAUCUCCAAGUUCAGUUUCUGAUGGUAACCAGGACACUCUAAUACCUAAACCUGAACAGCCUGAAAGUGACAACGUGACUGCUUCCCUCCAAAAACUGUUGCGUCAGGGUGCAUUUGAUAAAGCUGAAGUUUUGCUCAGUGAUUCUAUAAGUGCCUUCCAGGGGGUGUCAGAGGCAGUUAUGCGAGAAAGGCUUCACCUUCUUAAACUCGUGAAGGAGCGACAAGAUAGCAAGUCCAACCACGAGACUCCUCAUGAUCAGGUACAGCCUACAUUGCAAUCUCCCACGACCACCAGCAGAGUCAGUCUUAGCGAAUUGCUUCGUAAGAAAACUUCAGGAGAGAUAACCGAAUCAGAAGUGACCCUGAAACCUUCUCUCAGUAGUCUUCAGCCCAGAGAGGAGACAAAAGUCGCGACAGAAGCUCAUGAGCCUCAUUCUGUCGUCAGCACCAUGGUGGUAGAACAGACAAACACACCAAAAGAUACAUCUAACAGACCAAAGACAAGUGAUGCUAUGAGACGAUUCCUUGAGCUCAACAAACACGUCUUACAGACACUCAGAGCCAGGAAAAAAGCUAUAUCAUCGACGCUUCCUACUACUACUUCUACGACUCCUGCAACUCUCCAAACCAUUCCUGAUCUGACAUCAGGGUUAACAGUGUCAGACAGUCAAAGAAACUCUCCUGUAAUAUCUGAAGUCACUCCUCAAAGUCAAGUAAUUACCUCUGUUAUUCCUGAAGAGACAGGGCAGCCUCUUGAAGGAGCAAAAGAGCGACCCUCCCUGCUCUUGAGGCCUGUGUUGCUUCGCCCACAGAAAAGCGUGAUCUCCACCCAGGAAAAAUCUCACAGCCAUGUCUCAUCCACCGUUAACCCCUUAUCGGCCUCUGUUGACAACAUAUCUCAUCCUCCAGUGCCUACCGUACGCUCGCGAAUCCCACCGCCCUUUCGCCUGAGACGUCCUCACCCACCCACUAAGUUCUCCAUUACGCGACAGCAGCAGCAGGCAGGUUCCCCACUCCUAACAAAACCAUCAGAGGGUGCGGUAGAGAGUCCGAAGGUAAAAGUGCCCAUCACCACCCGCCCUCUACUACGUCCUGCAAGCACCAGCGAUGCCUCCAUCACGACAGGUAUGAUAAAAACUGACAACCAGAGCAAAGACGAAGACCUUGAUGUGGGAAGAACAACAUCUGGAUUCCGGUCUGCCGAAGUCCAAACAGAAAGACCAGAUGAUGACAGUUUCACAACUUUGGCGUCACUGCUAAAGAGGAAGCAAACCUCGAGCACGAAAUUUCAUCCUGAAAAACAAAAAACAACCUCGCUGCCUAAGACAACAACAGACAGCACGCCUGAGGUGACAACACAGACUGAUAACGAAACUCUCCCUCCUGUCACUCCGUCCGAGCAAGAGGAAGCCACAAUUCCGCAGUUGUUUGACGAAGACCAACCCAUCCCAGCCCCACAAGAUGAUCCUGACAACUCUCUUAGGCCUGCAUCUGUCAGGGGAACCUUCUUAGCGACAGAAGGGAUGACCGCUGAGCACGUGCCUCCUCCCUUCAACUUCCUGGACAGAAACACAAGUUUCCAGACAAGGGCUCAUGGAACAUUCAAUGGAGCCUUGAGCCACGGAGCUACAUCUUUUGAUGUCUCUUCAGGCGUACCACUUCCUCUCCCCGCCACUAGUGCUCCAAAAGCUGUCUUUCCUAUCACCGCUCCAGCAAUAAAGUUUGAACCAACGCCCAUCCCAGCAAGGUUCCCCACCAGAGAGGAGGCACAUGACCUGGAUGCAUCCACCACCACAGACUCCCCAUCAUCCUUCUCCACCAUUCCACUGGAUUUCGAGAUCCAGACAGAUACACCGAGCCCACCCAAACUAACCUUCGAUAUGGAUAGAAGUACUUCACCAUUAGGCUUCAACUUCCAGCUUCAUCGCAAACCUUCAGCCACAGAUGAAGGUACCCUUACUACUGGCAGCGAUACCCAUCAAAGUAGGCCUCUACAAGCUCUCUUUUCCACCACUACUCCAGGAACUGGAUUUGCAACCUUCACGCUCGGUCAAAAUGAAGCAUUUUUUACGGAUGACAAAGCCAAGGAAACACCCAUUAUCAUCCCCGUGACGGAGAUUCCUUUGGUCACAACCCCAAUCACUAGUGCCACGCCUCGUGUGAUCUUGCUUACCCUGCCUGUGGCUAAUGGCUCAGUGACAGCCGACAGCCUACUCCCGGAAACUACCUCCUUUCAGGAGAGUACUGAGACGUCUGUCCCUUCUACCACCACCAUCACCAGUACCACGACCACCUCCAACAGCAAGAAAUUACAGCCUAAAGAGUCAUUAGCUCCUCCACCAAACAUCAUGCACAUGAUAACAAAAGGUGUCACCAUUACCUCGACAGAAGGCGUCAUCGACAGAGUGUUGUCCCAUCAUGAAUCAGUGCCACAGCCACCACCACACUCCCUUACCUUUUUGCCCCCAACCAGUCCUACCGUCCUUCAUGCGGACCACAACCCUCCAGAAAGUGUUUUCCAAACAGAAGACGAGAAGCUUAGUAUAAGAAUCCUGUCAGAAUCUUUGCUCGAGAACACGAAGGAAAAGAAUCUUCAAGGUGAAGGAACAUUGAGACAGCAACAACAUGGAGUGCUUCACACAACCAGACCAAAUCUUCAAGGUGGACAUCUCAACCUCAAUGAACUUCGGCAACGCCAGUUAGGAGGGAAGGGAACUGCCGAAGGGUCUCAAGGUCCCCAUGCAUCGUCUGGAUUACAAGAACAGCAAACAGACAGCCAGGCGAUCUUAGGACAGACGAAUGUACCACGUCAGCAGAUCUUUCAGGCAGGACAAGUGGUGACAGGUCAGCAUAUUUUUCACAAUCUACAGAAUUCUUCAAGAGAGCAAAAAAUAGUAUCAGGACAGCAUAAUAUAGAUCAACAUAUUGUUGAGGAGGGACACGUUAAAUCAAGUCAGGAGGGGCAAAUAAUAUCAGAUGUUCAAGUUCCACAGCGACAAAAAGAAGGACAAGCCGAUCAACACACUGUAGACAACCAGCACAUUCACACACAGGGGCAAGUGUUACCUGAUCAGAAAGGUGUACAUCAGCAUGCCAUCGAACAGAGAAAGGGACCAGCUGAUGGACAUAAUCCAACACAUCACCAUUCACUGAAACAAGCACAAGGAGGAUCACUUCAGUUUGAUGCUUUGAAUCUGCACACAACUGUACAGAGUGAAGCAAGACUUGGUGAACAUAAGACAACGACUCAGCAUCAAUCUGCUGACGGACAAUUAACCGCACAUCAGCACAAAACUGUACAAGGACAAGGCGUACUAUUGAAACAAGUCACUGAGGUGCAAAGUGCGCAUAACAGAUCAGAACAAGAACAAGGUAAGCCAAGUCAGCAUGCUGAACAACCCGAAAAACAACACUUGGAUCAAAAUCUUCAAGAUCAGCAGGACUCUCAAGGUCAGCAUAACGUUCAAGGACAAAAUAUUCAAGGUCAACAUAACUUGCAAGGUAUGGUAAUCCAAGCUCAGGACAAUCCUCAAGGACACAUAAUUACCAGUCAGGAUAACCCACAAGAUCAGCAUAACCAACAACGCCAGCAUAUGCUGCAAGGACAUAUUACUCAAGAUCAGCAUAACUUUCAGGGUGAUUUAAUUCACGGCCAGCAUAACCAACAAGGUCAGCAUAAUAUUCAAGGAAAGAUAACUCAAGAUCAGCAUAACCAAGAUCAGCAUAACAUUCAAGGGCAGAUCUUUCAGGAUCAACAUAACCAAAAUCAGCAUACCACUCAAAAUAAAAUAACUGAAGAUCAGCAUAACCAAGAUCAACAUAACAUUCAAGGAAAAAUCAUUCAGCUUCAGCAUAAUCAAGACAGCGCAGAUAAUCAAAAUCAGCAUAAGCAGCAUCAGCAUAACAUUCAAGGGCAGAUCAUUCGAGACCAGCAUAAUCAAGAUCAGCAUAACAUUCAAGGGCAAAUUAUUCAGGCUGAGCAUAUUCAAGGUCAGCAUAAGCAAGACCAGCAUAACCAAGGUCAGCAAAACAUUGAACGACAGAUUAUUCAAGUUCAACAUAACCAAGGUCAACAUAACACUCAAGAACAGAGAGCUCAAGGUCAGCAUAAGCAAGAUCAGCAUAAGGAAGAUCACCAUAACAUUCAAGGACAAAUUAUUCGGGUUGACCAUGACCAAGAUCAGCGUAACACUCAAGGGCAGGUUAUUCAAGGCCAGCAUAACCAAGAUCAGCAUAACAUUCAAGGGCAGAUUAUUCAGGACCAGCAGAGUACUCAGCAUAACAUUCAAGGGCAGAUUAUUCAGGACCAGCAGAGUACUCAAGGGCAGGUUAUACAUGAUCGGCAAAAUUCUCAAGGUCAGCAUAAUCUCCAAGGGCAGACUAGUCAAGAUCAGCAUCACCAGCAAGAUCAGCCUAGUGGUCAAACACAGACUACUCAAGGUCAGCGUAACCUUCAAGAAGAGGUUAUUCACGAUCACCACCAGCCACAAGUAAAGAGCACACAGCCUCAGCACACACCUGAGGAAAAGACACCAAGCACACAGGUGAGACAAGAGCAGCCACCUUCACAGCCACAGCGAAAACAGCCUCAGCGUGGCGAACACACAGCCGAAGGACAUCGUCACCUUCAGGGACAAAGAGCCCAAGGACAAGGUGACGUGAGCCGCGGGCAAGCAACACCCAAGCAGCCCACUCAGACUGGUCAGCAGAUUUUUCGUGGCAGACAAACAUCAACAGUCUCACAGAAGCAGCAUCAACGUCAGCAUGAUGGGAGACAGCAAGCGGCAGAAGGAACACAACGCCAGCCUCAACCAAACUCCAGGAGAGGAAAAUUUAUUUCAGGAGAUGCAGUUCAGGGAGUUCAGCAAGGGGUGGUAGUGAAGCAAAGCUCCAGAAGCCGAGUGACAGUCCAGGAUGCACGCGGCUCUGGAAGAACGAUCAUCCGCGGUCAGAGUGUUGUUCCGCCCGUCAAAGCAGGACAGACUCCCGACACCCGAUUUCGACCACAGCAACAGAAGGUUCAGGCGGAAACACGACGAGGACUUGCAGCAGAAGGCAGGCCUCAAGGCCAUCCCCGCGCCACGCCAGCACACCAGGGCUCCAUCGGCCACUUCAACAACUUGGCAGCCGGAUUCAUUCGCGGCCCAGCAAACUCCUUUAUUACAGGAUUUCCAAGUCAGGAAGCUGAAAUUACGACAGGCGGCAAUGACGAAGAUUUUGCCGUCACCAUCCUCCCCGAGGCGUCUAAGGAGGCAAGGCGGAGGUUGCCUUUAUCGCAAGACCCUGACGGAGACGAGAUCCCGGGGCAGGCCGGCAUUGACUACCCGAUCCGGACCAACAUCCCGGUGACUUCCUUCAUCUGCAGCUCCGCCAUGGCCAACAGGAUGUUCGCUGAUCCCGACACGUCCUGCCAGGUGUACCACGUGUGUAGUGGAGACCACAAGUUCUCGUUCCUGUGCCCAAAGGGAACUCUCUUCAACCAGGACACGUCGGUGUGCCAGUGGUGGUUUACCGUGGAUUGUGACCGUCAGGCCCGCCGCCUGGCCGAAGUGAAGGCCCUCGGCUGAGGUGCGCCGGCAGCCUCACGCCGAAGGAGCCAGUGAUGAGCAGCGGCUCUGGGGCGUGCGAGGUUCACUCGCCAUAUAAAGAACUAAGACUUUUCAGUGUAAGCGAUAAAGUGCAUGACUGUCUUGUCUGAUGAAGCAGCGAGAAGCAGCUGCAAGCCUGCAAGAGGCGCAGCUCAGGCUCCAGUAAAUGUCUUCCGAGAGACUGUUUUUGCUGCAUGUCAUUUUGGUCAGAGUGAAGCAGUCUGUGGCGCCUUAAAUUAUGCUCUCGUGUGUAUUUGUGUUGCAGGCCAGCCAGUGUGUGUGUGUAUGUGUGUGUGUGUGUGUGUGUGUGUGUGUGUGUGUGUGUGUGUGUGUGUGUGUGUGUGUGUGUGUGUGUGUGUGUAAGUGCGUGCUCUCCCGCGCGCCUGGUGCAGCCCCGUCCCGCCUAGCAGCGGGUGUCGUGGGCAGCUUCUCUUCCCUCUGUAUCAUAAUACCUUCAACGCACUGUAUCAAUAAAUGUUUCCCAUUGU